AUGGAGUCGCUGAAUGCAGCUUUCUCCCGGAAAUGUAUCAAAUCUCUUGAUAUUUGUUUCGACAAUGCGCGUAUAUCCCAGGCAGGAUUUCAAGCCAAGAAGUCUGUGAACGAGGACAAGACUGUCUUUCUUGAAUCACAGUUGGGAUUAAUCGUAGCGCUUUUCGAUGGUCAUCACUCAGAUGAUUUAGCAGACUACGCGUCGAAAACGCUUCCGCCUCUCCUGCUUGAACGAAUUCAGAAAACCUUAUUCGAGAAAGAUUGCACCCUCGAUGAAGCUGUGGUGACUUCUUUUAUCCAGAGCAUCGAGGAGUACGAUCGGUGGCUUAUUCAAGGCGUCAUCGACGAAUUUCCACAAAAAGACCAGACCGAUUGGUCUGAUCCUUUCUGGGAAGAUGAACGCGAGGUAUUUAGUGUGCUGGGGUGGCUUAAGGAACACCCUAAAUUUCAAAGGGCCCGAUAUGCUGUGGUAGGAACCACAGCAUUGAUUGCGUUCAUCGACAGAGCGAAGGAAAAUGUGUGGGUCGCAUCUCUUGGAGAUUCGGAUGCUUUUCUAGGUCAGAAAAGAGAAGAUGGAGUAAACUGGGAAGUAACAUGCUUAAGUGAUUACCAUAAUGGUCAAAAUCCAGAUGAGCUAGAAAGAGUUCAGAGAGAGCACCCAGGUGAGCCUCAGGUCAUUCAAUAUGGGCGUAUUUUAUCCUGUCUUGCUGUAACACGAGCUUUGGGUAAUCAUCAGCUCAAAACACCCUAUCAUUUCGCAAAAAAUAUUCUUCGGUUCAUCUGGCCUUCUCCCUUUCCAAUGGAAGUUUUAGACAACUGUACCACUCCACCCUAUAUAUCUGCAACUGCGGUCGUCCGUCGUCAUUCCCUCAAAUUGGGUGAUAUUCUGGUCCUCUCAUCUGAAGGGCUUGCAUAUGAAUUGAGGAACUUCGACGAGGACAACAAGAAAAAUUUGAUAAUUUCCUUCUCCAUGAAUUCGAAUGUAGAUUCUUUCCCAGAAAAUGCAUCUUGGUCAGAGAAACUUGGCCAUCAAUACAUUCUGGCUCAGGACGGUGAUAACCCAGCAGAAAGGGUGAUCAAAAAUGUUUGUUUUGGGACAGAUUUGGAAAAGAUGGCGGAGGCAGUGAAUCCAUCCGAGGAAUGGGAUGAUAUAUCUGUAUUGGUGCUUCAGUUGUAA